AUGGAAAAUGGAACAGCUUCCAAGGGGAUAGUACCGGCCUUUUUACGUCCUCUUGGCUUAACCCAAACCCAACUCAGCCCUCUUGGCUUUCUCAGAAAGGUGGUAGCAGAAAUUAUAGCAACGUUUCUACUGGUGUUUGUGACAUGUGGAUCGUCUGCACUGAGUAGAAGCGACGAAAAUAAGGUUUCAAGGCUGGGAGCUUCAAUUGCAGGUCGGCUUAUCGUCACUGCCAUGAUCUAUGCCGUUGGGCAUAUCUCCGGCGCCCACAUGAACCCGGCGGUCACCUUUGCCUUUGCCGCCGUUAGGCAUUUUCCCUGGAAACAGGUACAUAGAUUCGACAAUGGCCGUCAUUUACAUCACUUGACGGUGAAAAGUGAAAACAUUAGUGUUUGUGUUAUGUGCAGGCCCAUUUCAAUUGGAUCCAUGAACCCGGCGAGGAGCAUUGGCCCUGCCAUAGCUAGCGAAAAUUAUAAAGGGAUUUGGGUAUACGUGGUUGGACCAAUGACAGGAUCGCUGGUGGGAGCAUGGUCCUACAGCUUCAUUCGGGUGACACACAAACCAGUCCACGACAUUUCUACUAUAGAUCCUAUUGUUGUCUAA